GGAGACCUACCUGUAUUAUGACACUGUUUUUAGGCGCCGUCGAAGGUUAAUAAUAGGAACUCUUUCCCUGACUUAUCCAGCUAACAGGUGAUAACCAAGCUGCCUUUAAAGUGUUCAGAAAUGGUUAGCACGUUAGAAGGAGCGCUGAAUGAAAGCGAUGGUCUACUACCCAUGCCCAAGGCGCACGGGUAGUAAGCAGAAGGAAGUUGCAUCUGCUCGCGUUAAGAGAAUCAGCUCCCGUUGAAAGCAUUGUGCGUCGGUGUUGAACAUCCUUAAAUAAAACCGACCACCGCGGAACGAAGCUUCUCACGCGUCGAAUUCAAAAUGCAAAGGUCGUGAAGCCGAACUUUUAAAAGUAGGUGGUGAUUUUAAUGGCAAUGACGCGCCGGACCUUGACGACGCUUCGGUGGUGCACCUGCUGUAAGACCUGGGGCCUCCGCUGCCGGCCUGCAGUUUCCAUUCGCCAGGAAGACAGGCGCUCAGACUCGGCCUUUAGAGGUCAUUUUGAGAGAAUAUGCCAUGUUUUCCCACAUGUUUAUUGGGAGAAACCCCAAACACUUCCCUUUGUCAUACGAUGCUUUGACGCGGUGGAGUUGUGCUCAUUUUUUCCAGAAGAAGAUAUAAAACUCUUUCAUGCGCGUAAACCUUAUGUGGGUUUUUAAAAUUAAAUGCCUGCAGCUCCCGAUAAAGAUGAUUAACCAUACUGUAAGGCAGACUAUUCCAUUCAAUUCACAACUAACGCGACUUCCAAACUUUUGGAAUAAAUAUGACUGGCGCACACCGGCAAAGCUUUACAGACGCGUUUAUUAAGAUAUGACUCGUGUUUGAUGUAGCGGAUUGAGUGAGGGGCUGCUUUAAAUGACGAAGUCAAACGUAAAAGUCAAAAGUACAGAUGAGCAAUUGGAAAACAGGACUGUAUUUCCCGAGGCAGAACAGAAUGCGAGUCUGGUUUGGUUGUUUUUUUUUUAACCUCUGGAUAUUUCGGGUGAUGUAACACAAUGUCUUAAGCAGACACAAAAAAAUACCCUUUACCCCCCACACAACAACCUCUUGUGUGCCGCUUUGCCGGACGCACACCGACUGCGGAGUGAACUUCAGCGCUAUCUGGCCGGCCGGCCGGCGGCCGCAGAGGCUGUCUCUAGGUGUGUAUCCCUCGCUCCCAGCGCAGGGAUGCCUGGGCUCUGAUUGGCUGGCGCCUCUGGUUAAUGGCACGCGACUGUGGAUGUAGUUAUAAGAGUCCUCGCGUGCCAGCCUUCAGCUGAAGCAACUCUUGAACAUCCAGAAGACAGAGCAAAGAGCAGGCAACCGCUGUUACUGGGCAACAGGGAGACGAGUCGAGAGAGAGAGAGAGAGAGGGGGGAAAAAUGGACACAGUGUUGGAUCAAUUCACGGGGCUGGACUCCUUCUCCUCCCCUUAUUUCGACGAAGAGGAUUUUUUUACAGAUCAGUCCUCCCGCGACCAUUUGGACACGGACGAGUUCCUGGACGAAGACGUGGACUUCCUGACCAGCCAGAUCCAAGACUACUACCAGGACAGCAGGGUGGUGGCGCACGAUGGGGAGUACUGCGACGCCGGCAACUUCUCGUUCUCCUCCUCGUCGUCCACGUUUUCUUACAGCUGCGCGGACAGCACUUCCGAGAUGUCCCCCCAGCUGAAAGGAGAGGGGUCGCUGCUGAAGAGGCGGCGGCGAUUGAGAUCAGAGGCCGAAAUGCAACAGUUGAGGCAGGCUGCCAAUGUCAGGGAGCGCCGGAGGAUGCAAUCCAUUAAUGACGCUUUUGAGGGGCUGCGGUCCCACAUCCCCACGCUGCCUUACGAGAAGAGACUCUCCAAAGUCGACACUUUGCGCCUGGCCAUAGGCUACAUUAACUUCCUCGCAGAGCUGGUGCAGUCCGACAUGCCUAUCCGGAACAGCCACAGCGAUGCGUCCAGCCAGCCCAAGAAAGUCAUCAUCUGUCACCGGGGCACAAGAUCUCCGUCUCCGAGUGAUCCCGACUAUGGGCUUCCUCCGCUAGCCGGUCAUUCUCUGUCCUGGACGGAUGAGAAGCAGCUGAAGGAGCAGAAUAUCAUCAGGACCGCGAAGGUCUGGACUCCAGAGGACCCACGGAAAUUAAACUUAAAAUCCUCUUUGAACAACAUUGAGAAUGAACCUCCAUUUGAAUUCAUAUCAUAGGAGCUCCCGAGCCUUCUUGGGAAUGAUGUUAUUUGUGUGUUAACUAACUUAAUGAUGUGGAUGUAAAUAAGCGAAUGUACAGAUGAUUGAUUGUAAAGGUGUGUAUAUAUUGAGGUUUUCAAAGCUGUUCAAUCUAAAUGGGGAAAAAAAGCCAAUGGCAAUCAAUGUAUUUAUUGUAUUUAUUGAAGAGAUUACAUGAUCUAGAAUCAUAGAGACUGAAUGUAUUUGUAUUUAAUUGUUUUCAAUUAAUCAAUAAUAUAUGAUCUAAUUUAAUUUAAAAAUAAACUUUUGCUACGUGUAAGUAAGGGAAAUAUAGAUCUAUAUUUUGGAAUUUUUAAGAAUAUUUUGAAAUUAUU